AUGCAAGAAUUGAAAGUUGAAAUCGAAGAAUAUAUGGAAAUAUCAAAUUACAGAGAUUUCAUGUUAAUUAAUUAUCCACAAACAAUAGCAGAUGUUGUCAAUACGGAACAAGAAAUUAAUGAAUUUGAAAUGUGUAUAUACUUUAAGGAUGAACAAGCUCCAACCAGUCAAAUCUCUGAUGUACAAAUUGCACUCCAAUAUUUUGAAGCUGUCUCCAAAUGUAAAAUAGUCUCAGUGACAAGAAGCAGUACAGAAGAACAAAUUUAUUUGGAAAUUAAAAGAAUAAUCAAUGAUAGGAAUUAA